AUGGCGAGUGGAGCGGUGCUGCAGAGGUAAAGAUGCUGAGUCCAUGCCAGCCAGGAUCCGUGGAGUAGGGGAUGCUCAGAAGGGAGUGGGAUGGUUGGGAAGCUGUGCCUGCAGCACAUCGAGCCAGAUCACACUGCAGAAGGUGACCCAGCACCAUGAAACUUUCCCUUUGACACAUUACUGGCAAUUGCUCCCAGGGUCUCCCUUCUUGAGUGGCAAAACUCAUAGGAUCUUGAAAGCCUGUGGCGGGGUGGGCAGAGGGAAGAGUUACUUGCCUGCUUGGAUUGCACCUUCCUCUCCAUGCUGGUGAGGCUCUGUGGUCAUUAAUCCAGCCUGUUUAUCUUUCAGCAAAGAGCCGCUGAUGCAGCAUCGGGCAGAGCUGGAUGGAAGUAGUCUGUCUUUGGAUUCAGGUAAGGAAACAGAAAGCCUGGGGGUGGAAGGAGAAAUCAAUUUCCCUGGGUAGGAGGUUCUCUCUCUCUCUCUCUUUCACAAUGCAGUAGUCCAAUGUGGUUUGUAAGCACUGCUCCAAAUCCUGGAAGUUGGCAGGGUCUUCAUUGGUGAGCUUAAAGGUUCACAACCCAACAGGAUGGUGGGGUUAGCUGCACUUCUAGGAGGCAGCCCUCUGACAGCUGACCUCUUGCACAGGCUACCCGCAAAGAAAUGCUUUCUUCUUGCAUGGUUUAGUGACAGCAUCUCUGACGUCAGGUACUGGUUCAGUGCUCCAUGAGCACCUCAGGCUCCUAUUGGCCAAGGUGAUAAGACAAUGCAAACUCACUCUCACAGAACGGCAUGCAGAUCUGGGUGCCACAAUUUAAGGAGGAUAUUGAUAAGCUGGAACAUGUGCGGAGAGGGGCAACCAAGAUGAUCAAGGGUCUGGAAACGAAGCCUUAUGAGGAACAGUUGAAGGAGCUAGGUAUGUUUAGCCUGGAAAAGAGACUGAGACGAGAUAUGAUAGCCAUCUUCGAAUAUCUACAAGGGCUUUCACAUGGAAGAUGGAGCAAGCUUGUUUUCUCCUGCUCCAAUGGCUUCAAGUUACAUGAAAGGAGAUUCUUACAAAGCAUAGGACAGUAAGAGCUGUUUGACUGUGGAACAGACUCCCUUGGAAAGUGGAGGACUGUCCUUCCUUGGAGGCUUUUAAGCAGAGGUUGGAUGGCUAUCUGUCAUGGAUUCUUUAGUUGAGGUUCCUGCAUGCAGGGGGUUGGACUAGAUGACCCUUGGGAGUAGGCUUCCAACUCAGUAAUUCUAUGAUUCCAGGCCCCAGUUUCUGUUCUCUUUCUCCCAUCCCAACUACAAUGGAGCCACCACUCCCUGGUCUUAGAUUUUGGAUCACACGUCUAGUGUGCAUUGACAUUAAACAGGCAUGGUCCUUCUUUCCUUCCUUCCUUCCUUCCUUCCUUCCUUCCUUCCUUCCUUCCUUCCUUCCUUGACUGCGUACACACUAUACUUUUCGAGCACAUUUGAAGCGCUUUCAUUCCAGAAAAGAAUUCUGAGCACUGUAAUUUAUCCCUCACAGAGUCACAAUUCCCAGCAACCCUUAACAAACCACAGUGCCCAGAAUUCGGGGAGUGGGGCAGUAUUUUGAAUGUGCUUUAAAGGUAUAGUGUCCUUGGGGGCCGCUAGCUAUCUUGUUCCACCCUUGUUGUUCAAGGGACAGGGAGGUGUACGUUGAUGCCUCUGAUUCUGUUGCUAGCUUCUGGUUUGGAGUUGACUGGGAAAUAUUCCAUGCUGACUUCGCAGACCCAGCACAUUAGAAGCUGAGAUGAGUACAACAAGUCUGACCUUUUGCCCUCCAUUCUCUAGGAACAAUGGCCAGUUCAGAAGGUGAAUCAGAAAGGGUGAUGGAUGAGAGAAGGCAAAGCUCUGAUAGCACAAACAAGGUGAGCAGCAUUAGGGGGACCACUUUACUUUUAGCUGACUUAUUCUUAACAGGAAGUUCCCAAGUAGUGUCAUCUUAGGUGCUGAUCAGCUCCAGAACUGCUUAGUUUCAUACAUAGCACUAUUGGGGGGGGGGUCCCCCUUCUCAUAAUCCAUUUACCAGCUGGAACCUGCCUUGUUCCACCCUAGCAAGUCUUUCCCCUAAAAGGAUGUUGCAAUGUACUCUACAUGGAAGGAGACAACCCUCAGCCCCUCACUACUGUGUGAGCUUAGCAUCACUGGGGUUCUUACCUGUGUCACUCCUUCCUCUUCUAGGAGAGCCUAAUCCAUCACCGCAGGGCUUUACACCUGUCUGCUGCUCUUCUCCCUUUGCAGCGUUGUGCUAGGAAACUCCAAGAACAGGCACGCAAGGAGAGCACGACGGGCAGGGAACCAACGGUGCACUUUGAAGAUAGUGGUGAGAGUGAUGAAGGUUGGUGAGUGAGACUUUGCCAUUGCUUUCCUCAUUUGCUCUUCUCCUAUGGGAGUGUCCCCUUCCCUUCUUUUAAUGCUAUUUAUUUACAUUUUCUAGACUCUCCCAUCCACUUCCUUUUCUGCCAUUCAUUCUCUUUUGUUUUGCUUCUCCUUCUUUCCAAAAUAAUUUUUAUUUGAUUUUACAGUUAUAAAAAUAUAAUAAUACACAUCCAUAGUUAAAAGAUUCCUCCAAAUCUCUGGACUUCCCACCUUCCUCUCCAUGGGUUCUGUUGCUAAUUUUUUCUACUGCAUCUUUUUCAGUAAUCCAUAUUUGUUAAUAACUCCAUUAUCUCCAUAGUACCCGUUACAUUACAAGUGUUAUUGCAAUGCUGCUCAUGUUUUCAUCUGUUUACAGUGGUCUCCAAGAUAAAUUAUAACUUUUCCCCAUUCCUUAUUAAAGUUUUGGUCUUCUUGGUUCCUGAGCUUCCAGUCAAUUUUGCCAUUUCUGCAUAGUCCAACAAUUUAAUUUACCAUUUUUCUCUGGCAGGGACUUUAUCUUCUUUCCUGUUUUGCUUCUCCCUUUUCCACUUGAUUUAUUACAUUUAUGUACCCCUUUUCCUCCAUAGAGCUCAAGGUGGCAUACGUAGUUCUCCCCGCCCCCUCCAUUUUAUCAUCACAACAACCCUGUGAGGUAGGUCAGGCUGAGAGACUGUGACUGGCCCAAGAUCACCCAGUGAACUUCAUGGCCAAGUAGGACAAGGGUCUCCCGGGUCCUAGUCUGACACUGUAACCACUAUGCCACACUGCCUCUCAGUUCUAUUUCUGUCUCCAUCCAUAAAAGAUCAACACAUUCCUUUCUAAGUCCCAAGGAGGAGUGUUUCUUCUGGUGUAGAUCACCAGGAACUCCCCUUGGUGUGGUCUGCACAGGUCUUGUCCUGCCCUUCCUAGCUGCCCUGGUGAAACUGUUCCUCCCUCCCUUGUCUUUCUUCACCCUCAGCUGCUCACCUUCUUAAACUUCCCUGGUUUCCUGCUGAAAGUGACAGGCUGUAAGCAGCUAGAGCCUACCUUUGUUUUGCGUUGAAUCCAGGGUUAUGAGACAAUCUACACUGUUUUGCAAAAGUUAGCAUAUUUUGCUUGACUUCCAGGUUCAGGUGGCCCUUUCCAUCAUUUCCCCUAUAUUCUUCCCUUAUUUUUUGUUUAAAACUGAGCAAUAAUAAUCUGUAUUUUGGAACUGCAUCAUUUUUAAAAAUGUGUACUUGCUGCUCUCCCUCCUAAUUUUCUUGUCACAAAAAUCCUGUACGGUAGGCUAGACUAUGAGAGGUAAUGAUUGGCGCAAGUUAGCCCAGGGAACUCCAUAGCUAAGCAGGGAUUUGAACCCUGGUCUCCCGGGUCCUAGUUCCCCACUGUUUUAUUUCCUGCUUUAUUUUAGCUAUGUCAUUCUGUUUGCUUGUUUCAUGGCUGAAGAGCAACAGAUGGAUGGUUUGCCUCUAUCCUGAGUGGCAAAAAUCUACAUUGCAACUGGUCUUGAUCUAGGCUAGAAAGAUCUUGACUAUGAAGGCCUGGCAGUAGCUGGUAUCUUAUAAAUCUAGUGUGUGGGUGACCUGUAAAUCAAGUGCUUUUGACCAACCUCCAACUCAGGGGUCAGAAAACAUUUUCAAUAGGGGGCCGGUCCACUGUCCCUCAGACCUUGUGGGCCAGACUAUAUUUUGGAAAAAUAAUAAUGAACGAAUUGCUAUGCCUCACAAAUAACCCAGAGAUGCAUUUUAAAUAAAAGGACACAUUCUACUCAUAUCAAAACACCAGGCAGGCCCCACAAAUAACCCAGAGAUGCAUUUUAAAUAAAAGGACACAUUCUACUCAUGGAAAAACAUGCUGAUUCCCGGACCAUCCGCAGGCCGGAUUGAGAAGGAGAUUGGGCCAGAUCCGGCCUCCGGGCCUUAGUUUGCCUACCCAUGCUCCAACUACUAGCUUGCCAUAGAUAAAGGUAAAGGGACCCCUGACCAUUAGGUCCAGUCGUGGCCGACUCUGGGGUUGCAGCACUCAUCUCGCUUUAUUGGCCGAGGGAGCCGGUGUACAGCUUCCGGGUCAUGUGACCAGCAUGACUAAGCCACUUCUGGUGAACCAGAGCAGCGUAUGGAAACGCUGUUUAGCUUCCCGCCAGAGCGAUACCUAUUUAUCUACUUGCACUAGAGUAUUUUUGAACUGCUAGGUUGGCAGGAGCAGGGACCGAGCAAUGGGAGCUCACCCCGUCAUGUGUAUUCGAACUGCUGACCUUCUGAUUGGCAAGCCCUAUCCUCUGUGGUUUAGACCCAUUGCUUGUCAUAGCUUGGUGUUUUCUACUCAGAUACAGAAUGGUGUCAUGGAGCUCCCAUGGCGCCUUGAUUUUCCUUGUCUGGCCCUGGUUUGGAUCUAUUUCAAGGCUGAUCUUUCUUUACCUAGACCCAGAUCCCUCUGAAGAUGCGCUGACUACCUCUGCGAUGGAACUUUCUGUGCUACAAAGGCUGGGCCUGCAUAGGUAGGAACCUUCCACGUAUCUGUUUCUUGUGAGCAGGGAGGGCUGUAUGAAGCAUGGCACCUGUUCCAAGAAGGUGGCACGAAAAUGAUCUUGCAGUCAGACGGAAGCAAACUGCUGCAUUUGGGAUCAUGUCGACCCAUGUAGACAGUCUCGCAGGACAUUGUGAAGCCAUGGGGAAUCUUACCAUAUUAUUUCCCGACUGGUUCCCUUGUAUACCUUGGGCUAAUAUUGGCACUGCAAUCCCUUUGCCCUUUUUCUUGAACAGAAGUAUUCCCAUCUAGAUCUCUUUGCUCAGACUUUUUGCAGAUAAGAGGAUCAAGAAUGCAACAUGUUGAGGAUGUCAUGAAAUUCUACUCAGUAUUGAACCAGAGCAGAUUCCAGCGUACGGUUAGCAGAGUUAAAACUUAAACACGUUGCAGGAUUCCAAAAAAAAGAAAGACCAGAGACAAUUAAUAUUUCAUCCUGCAGAGCUCUACUGCUACUGAAGGCAAAUGAACAUAAUGGUCACAAAUCCAAUACACGCAGGAUUGGCACUGUCCACAAGAAAUCCAGUUGUAGCAGACUUAACUUAAACUUACAAUAACUUAUAAUAAGUAUAAACCUUAACACCAAGCAUACUAUGUACAGAGCACCACACCAGAAGAAAAAGAUACAGAAAGAGAAAGUGCAACCCAGACUCCUUCUGGCCUUACUUUAAUAGUCAGCCUAACCUGACAGAAAGAGAUCAGAGAACCAGUUUAAGCCAGCUGUAAUCAGCUUCUCUGAAGGAAUAACCCAAACAUGAACCUUCUGCUUGUUUCUUUCACACAGAGAAGCUUCCAGAACCCUCUUGAAUUAAGUAGAAUAGGAAAGAUCUCUACACAUCAGAUCAAUACUUUCUGCAAUAAGAAAUGGAAACUGACAGUGGAUUCCCCUCCCCACCCCUUAGUUAGUUAGCAUUUAGCUUUUUGCACAGUUUCAGAUUUAGACAGCAGCUAUCCUUGUUGGAAACCACAGGUCCUCCAACCUGCUGAGCUGUCUGUGCCUUGCCAAAUCUCUUAUGGCUCUGCUUUCUCUUCCUUCACAGGGUAGCUUUGACAGAGCAGGAUGUGGAGGUGAGUUGAGUGCUGUUGUCUUCACUUGGCUUGGAUGUCUAGUAUCACUUUUAUGUGCCACUUUGAAUGAAAUAUUCUGAGGCUUAGUGAGACCAUCGUCAGAACAGCAAAUGAUCAUAGCAACCAGCUUCAAUCUCACAGUUGAUUUAGGGGCCUUGCUUUCCAGCUGGUAGUUGGCAGUGGCUGUGGCCCUUGUGAUGCUCUGACUAUUCAGUCAAUCAGGUUGUUAUUGUUCGUAGCCCGUGGCCAUAACAAUAUUAAAUCGCAAAACAAACAAACAAACGAGACAAUCCGAGCGUGAGUUAAAACAUCCAUGCGUAGAACUGCAAAUUGUCAAAUCUUAAAGUUUACCCAAAUAAUUUAGCUUUCAAAAUUCCCUUGGCAAUUUACACUGUUUUAAAUAGCUAAACUAUACACAACAAAUUUGUCUACGUUGGUCGGCAACCUUCUAAUUUUGAAAUCAUUUAAUUUCCUUUCUUAACAAUUCUGGAACGAACAGAGAAAUCUGUUGGAACCAUGUUGAUGGACUAUGCCAAAAUGGCAAAAUUAACUGGGAAGCUCAGAAAUCAAGAACACAAGAACUUUAAAAAAGAAUGGGGAAAGUUCAUAAUUUGUUUACGAGACCAUUGUAAGCAGGUUAAAACAUUAGGAGGAUUUUAAACACCCUUGUAAAGUAAUGGAAAGUAUGGAUAAUUUGGAAGGAUAAAAAUUUGGAUAAGUGUUGAUAUGCAGUUGUAAAUAUUACCAUCAGGACCCAUGGAAGAGAUGGGGAGAAGUCAGGAGAUUCAGAGUAAUUUUGAUAGUUAGAUCUUGAAUUGUUUUUUGUUGUAUGUUUACAUUUUUAAGAAAUCAAACUAAUAUAUAUAAUAAAACCACAACAAUAACAAAUCUGCUGGUAGGUGAGGGUGUGUGUGCGGUUCCACCCAUCCUUGGGUGAGAGUCUUGGUGGAGCACAGCAAGCUGGUUGAGAGCCAGAUUGCUUGGAGGAACAGUCCAUCUGUGUGACUGAUGGGUGGCUGUUUGUAUUGUUAUUUACAUUGUUCUGUCCAUGAAUGGCUUCAUUGUCUUCUUGGUUUUUCCUAUUCAUUUUUGUUGAGUGGAAGGAGUGACUGGUGUUAGCGGUUGGUGACUGAAUGGGUGACAUUAGAGUGAUUGGGUGGAUGAUGUGUUUGUGUGUAUUGGUGGGAGCAAAAUGGGACAAGUGAUACUGAAUGAGUAAUAGGUAUUUGUGAUUUGUGCAGAUGUCAGGUAGAAUUUGAGUCUCACAUGUAGUAUUUUGCAAGUCAGGGUGUGCCUUGGUGAGAGGCAAGCUGGAGACGGAAGGGAUCCCUGGAUCUAAAGAUGUUUUUAAAUGUCAUUAGUUUUAGUGAUUUUAUUGUUUUAUUGCAUUGCAUUGCAUUGCAUUGCAGUUUUGCCGUUUCAUUGUUUGUUAUAUAUGUCAUAUUUAUUGUUUUGUAAAUCACUUAGAGACUGAUUUCAGUAUUAAGUGGUAUCCAAAUAUUAUAUAAUGCACAAUGUUUCCAGUAUGGCUGAUGCUCUGACUAACCACCUGCUGCCCUUGGCGGGGAACAUCCCGCACUCAUCUAAAGUUGUCCAUAGAGCAAGUGUUAAGUUGAACAGCAGCUCAUUGCACACAGUUAGUAAAUCUCUACAUUCAUAACUGCUGAUCAUUCCCAAUCCAUUUGCAGCACAUUCCAAGGGCCUUGCUAGAAAGUAUAGCUUGGGAAAAUGCACUGUUCCCAAUAUGUAGUCAAGUCACAUUUUCCCAAUAGUUAAAUCACAAAUUAUUAUUGCUGGGAGGGUGCAAUACUUUCUUCAGCUAUCAGGGAGUGUCUUGAACAAUUAGGACUUUGAGAUGUGCCUGGAAGAUGGAUUUGCAAGACUCCACAGGCACCUGCUUGAUGGUCAUGAUGAUGCCAGUAACAAUGGGCCUCCCAAAGUCUUACUGUCUCCACCCAGUGCCCAGCCUGAAUGUGUAGACAUUAGACUAGAAACAACCGAAGUUGACUGACCAGUCUUCAGGCACAGCCUUGAAGUGCUUCAUAUCAGUUUAUCUCACACACAGAGAUGUAUACACAACUGGCAGCCUGAUUUGCCCUUCUCCCCCCCCCCCCGACUGGCUGUUGAGGUGAAACUGAGGUGAAACUGAGCCAGUGUGGUGUAGUGGUUAAGAGCGGUAGUCUCGUAAUCUGGUGAACCAGGUUCGCGUCUCUGCUUCUCCACAGUCACACUUCUUUGAAGUCUCUCAGCCCCACUCACCUCACAGAGUGUUUGUUGUGGGUGAGGAAGGGAAAGGAGAAUGUUAGCCGCUUUGAGACUCCUUCGGGUAGUGAUAAAGCGGGAUAUCAAAUCCAAACUCUUCUUCUCUUCAAGAGCCUGCAAACUUCAGGAAUACAUUUGCAUAAAAUUAUUAAAAUAUUUAAGCAAAAUAUAGAUGCUUGUUUCUAGAACUGGCCUUCCUUUUCUCACAAGCCAGGCCAUAAACAUUUCCCCCAAAAUGCUUUUGUUUUUGCAAUGGUGCUGGUGAGUUUCCUUUCCUUUUUUUUCUUUUUAAGCCUAUGCUUGCAUUUGAAGGCCGGUUCCUGAGAGUCGUUUGCUGUGUUUUGACCUGCCCCCUUUCUUGGCAGGCAGCUUUUGCACACUUGGCUCUUGCCUUCCGCUGUGACGUGUUCACGCUGAGGCGGCGAGUGCAGGUGGAAGAGCGAGCGAGGAACACAGCUGAGGAGAAUAUUCAGCAUGAGCUUGGGGAAUGCCGGGUGAUGCUGCAGGUCAGUGAAGCCAUGUCCCAAGAACCCUUGGCCAUUUGGACCAUUCGUUUGCUGCAUUCCUCUUAAAGCAUUGUGACUAAAUUUGGCAUGAAGGUUCCUGAGAUUUUGGUGUUUUGAUGCAGUUGGGUGCCAUUUUGAAUCAAGAUGGUGGGCUGAACCUUUCAAAGCCGCACUGAUUAUUUUGGUUUCUUAGAAUUCUCAAGCAGUGCCAGGUAUGAGGCUGCUAGUCUGUUGCAAGGUACAAACAGGAUCACUGUUUGCUAUAAACACUUUAGGGGAUGUGGUGCUUUUUGUUGCUUGUGUCGUGCUGUCUUGCAUCUAUACAGUACACAGGACAUGGUCCAGUGAGUGGUGUUGUCUUCUCCCCUUUACUGAUUCUCAUGGUCACCAUAUACCUCUUUUCUCAACAUUUUUAAGUGGGUGUCCCUCACCAUCAUUUUUGCACCCCAUUUAGUGUGUCAUUUUAAAAUUAUGUUGCUUGCACUAUUCCACCAUGGUGCAAUUGCAGAAAUCUGAAAACUGCAGUUAUUUCCGAAUAUGGUUGGGUGACAGCUGUUGGUAAGCAGCCUAAGUUAAUUGCACUUAGUUUCUAUUUAAAUAAAUGAGACUUAAAUAAAUUAACUUGAUCCUGUGGAUUUUUGAUUGUGCCUAAUUUCAACUAUCUUCAUUUUGAUCCAGCUGUUCACAGAAUAUCAUAGAUAUUCACAGAAUAUGCGGUCCUGUUGGAGGAAAAGUGGGAGGUGAUUUUGACGGAUUCCCCCUGAAGACCUCAUGACUACCUCUCCACACUAUUUCAGAGGUCCCACAAUCCUCCAGAGCCAUUUUUUCCUCCGGGGGAGGGCAACAACAGAGAGGAGGAAUCAGCAAAAACCACCUCCCUCUGCUUCCUUCAGCUGGAGUACCCUGUAAACAGAGUUCUGCUCAUGGGAACUGUGGAUCCAUGCAAUUGUCUAAACCAAACCUGAUUAAACUGCUGGUGAAUAUGUCUAAUGUGUAAGUAAUGAUCUAUUGCUUGGGAUUGCCUUUUUAUCAAGGUCUGGUGAAGAACCUCAGUUAGGAGUUAGGCUGAUAGUCCAGUUAAUCCAAUAUUUUCCAUCUUGUGUUUUAUCUCUCCAGAAGCUGGAUCAGGCCUGCCUGGACCCCAGGCACAAGGAAUUGGUAGAACAUUUGCAAAGCACUCUUGCCGUCCUAGAAGGAGCAAUUGAACGGGCAACGGGCGCAGCUGAGAAAUUAGGAGCUGUCCAUCAGGUCAAUUACCAGGCUAGGUGGUGAACAUAAGGCAAAUGACUGUGGGCUCUUCUACAAGUGUGUCUUUUUGCCAGUGUAGAACUUAGAUUCACACUAUCGGUUGUUUUAAAGAUUUGCCAUAGGCAUGAGGAACCCCAUUUAGCCCUAGAGUCAAUUUCCCUUCUAGCCAACCUUCUUGGGGGCCACAUGCCACAGCAAAAGUGGGCAGAACAAUUGCUAUAAAUUUUACCUUUGUACAGCAGGCUAAUUUUUGCAAACACUUGCACCCCACCCCCACAACCCUUCAUCCAGACAAGUAAGAGGUGUUUGCAGAGUCCAAGGACACAUUCCAGCCAGGCAAAAACACCCAAGGAGAGUGGGAAGCAGGGCUCGUGAGGGAUGUGACUAAGGAGGGAGUCUGGCCUGUGGAGAAUUCUGAGGGCCAGAUUGCAUUUGGCUUCUGGGCCUGAGCUCCGCCAACUUACUGUAUCAAGAUCUUGAAGCUCUUUUAUUAAAAGGACUCUUGUUGUUUUCUUUCGAGAGCUGAUACAGCACAAUGGCAAAGAGAAUGUGCUCUGGAGGACCAGGAAUUCCUCAGUUUAAUCUGCUAUUAACUCUAUAGGUUAUUAAAUCUAUAGGCAACCCACCACCUCUCACCCAAAGUACCUCCAUGGCCAAUCUGCCAUACAGAAAUAAGUAAACACGCAGCAAUAUCUCCAGGCCCCUUCCCAAGAGGACUGUGCUGGCUUUUGGUCUCUGAGCUACCUUGCCCCACUGCUUUGCUUUAAACCACCCCUUGCACUCUCUCCCACAGGAGGCCCGCAUGAGCCGGGCUGCAGAGGUGAUGGUACAGCAUGUCGAGAACCUGAAAAGGCACCACCUGAGAGAGCACACGGAGCUGGAGGAGAUGAAGAGGCUCAUUCAGCAGAACUCGCGCAACCGGCAGCUGGCAGAAAACAGGGGUGAGGUGGGGCCCGCUUUCGUGCAAAGAGUGGCUGUGCGGUGCCUUGAGAUGAAAACAUAAUGUGAACAAAUGCUGAUGCGUGGGCAGAAGGGGCAUUAGCGGGAAUAAGAAGACACCAGGCGCUGGAGUCAGUUCUCAGGAGCAAGUUGCAUGGGGCUUUUUUGGGUGUUGAAAUGGAUUGUAGAUAACAGCACACUGGUGAAAAGCCAACACUUGCAGUGCAUCAGUUGAACUGCAAAUACAUGAGAGGUGAUUCUAGAGAAGCAGAAGAAGCUGCCUUAUACUGAAUCAUACCAUUGGUCCAUCCAGCUCAGUAUUCUCUACACCCCAGGGUUUCAGGUCAAGGCUUCUUCCAGCCCGCCCUGAAGAUGCCAGGGAUUGCACCUCAGACCAUCUGCACGCAGGUGCUCCUAUCCUAUAGGGAAAAUAUGGGUGGGAAGUCUUCAUACUUGACUGAUCUACUUUAUUUUUUUUGACUAAGACCCUCUCCCCAAAAGAUCUACCAACCAGAACUUGGAGCAAAAGCCAUAUACAGUGGUACCUCUGGUUGUGAACGGGAUCCAUUCCAGAGGCCCGUUUGCAACAUGAAAAGAACGCAACCCGCAGUAGCGCAUCUGUGCAUGUGCGGGUUGUGAUUCGCCACUUCUGCGCAUGUACGUGAUAUCAUUUUGCGUUUCUGCACAUGCGCAAGUGGCAAAACCCGGAAGUAACCCUUUCCGGUACUUCCGGGUUGCCAUGGGACAUACUGUAACCUAAAAGAAUGUAACAUGAAGCGGACAUAACAUGAUGUAUGACUGUAGUUAGAAUUAAAGAACAGGGUGCCUUUGUGUACAUUAUGAGCCUAGGAAUUUGUUUUCAGUACCUCACAGUCCUGUCAAACAAAGCACUUUCCUAGUUGCCCUUUCCGUACUUCAGCAGUCUAAUUUACGACGGGCUUUUUGUUGUUCCAAAUAUUUUCCAUUAUAUUAUGAAAUCAUAAAUUAUCCAUAUUAUCCACAAAUUGUCCAAGUUAUUGCAGAUUAUCUGCAAGUUGCUACUAAAUUCCAAUCUACCUUCUGCUCAAGUGUGCUCUAGAGCAUAAAGCAGUUCAAGGCAGAUGCAGUGAUUGCCUUUAUGAACAUGGGAGGCCUUCCCAUAGUCAGGCCAUUGGUCCAUUGACCUCAAUGUUGUCUACACUGACCAGCAGCAUCUCUCCAGGGUUUCAAACUGGAGACUUCCCCAGCCCUACCUGGAGAUCCCAAGGGCGGAACCUGGGACAAAGCGUGUGCCGUACCACUGAGCUACAGCCCUUCCCCUGUUUUUGUCUCCCUAGACGAUAGUGAGCAGAGACUGAAGCAUCCUCCAUUGCGAAUGUUCCAGCAGGUAAAGUGACAGGGUGGAGGUGGGGGGACUGUGUGCAUCUCCUCCUAUGUUUCAUGGAGCACAGGACCUGUGCUGCUGCUGCUUUCCCUGAAAUCAUGCCAGAAGGCAAAUGGGUCACUUUGGCCCUUCAAGUAUUGUUCAGUUCCAUGAAUAGCCCCUUUUACAAAUGAGCUCUUGAGCAGAGGUCUACCUGCCCUAACCAUACUAGCUAGAUUUUUUUUCGGGGGGGUGUGUAUAUGCUAAAGGGACAUCCAGUGGAUGGGGGAGAAAUCCAUUCAAAACCAAAAGGCUUUCAGUACAGGUGACCCACUAUGUUAGUUAUUUUAAUGAUACUACAUGUUAAUAACAUAAAAUGUAGCAGAAUCAAAUGUUGCUUGUUUCAGUUUCCUUGCACUCAUUGACUUAAUGCAGCAAAAUUGGCUUCCUUGUUCCUGAGCAACUGGGUAUAAUAUUACCUGCAGACUUUCCCGUAUAUUCCAUAACCCAACAUACCACAAGUCUCUUUAAUGAAAGCUGAACAUUCAGGGAAUAUGCAUUCUUCGCAAGCCUCCCUGUAACUACUGCUCUGCUAACUAGGAUUGUUCUUCUAUGUCCCAGGGAUCAGCUCGUCGUAGAGUCAGCAUUGCAGUGAUUCCCAGACAGCUGAUGGUAAGGAAGCUCUCCCUCUAUGAUGAGCUUUUUGCAAUGAAGGAUAUGCCUGAUCUUCAUUGCUUGCUGGUUUGCAAUGCACCAAAACACAGUGACGUCCCACAUUCCAACUGAAUUGCCCAUUAUUCAUUGCACACAUGUGUCUAAUUCCACCUGGGCACAUUCUGGAGUUCCUCCAUGAGUUUAUUCAAAUCUAAGUUGUGAUCAUUUUUGUAUUGCCUGAAGCUGGAAAAGCAAGCUUUUACUAAGCCAUGUUUAUUAAAGCUUACCAGUAUUGAAGGCUGUGUAAUUCCUAAGUGCCAUUGCAAUGCAUGAUGGGAAAUGAAUCUGUUAAUUCCCAGUCUGUUCCAAUUCCCAGCAUGCACCUUUAGGCCUGAAAGUGACCUGAAAACUUGUUGGUAGUGAUGAUCUGGUAAAUGUGUUCUUAUUAUCAAUUUGUUGUUUUACAUUGGUAUGCGUCAAUCCCAUUUUUUUGGACAUUGUUUCCACAGCACCACAUUCAAGACCAGCCUUGGGUUGCUCCAAGACGGGCAAGUUUAUUGAACAUGUGUCCUGAUUUGCUUGCACAAUAUCUGCAAGAAAGUUAUAUGGCGCUGCCAUCAAAUGGUAGUUAUCCCACAGUUCCAGUGCUUUUCCCUGUCACUUUUCUUACUGCAAAGUUUUUGUUUUAGCACAAGAGCUCUGUAUUGCAAUGUGCCCACUUUCACGGGGGUGAGUUAUGAAGGUGUUUUUUAUUCCAUGAAAGACGUAUGCUGGCAUCCACUUGAAUGGGUGAGAGGUCAGUGCAAAAGUGCUGACAGUCUGGAAGCGAACUUAGUUAUAAGGAUUCCAAGUUCUGUUCCAGAUGCAAUAUAUGCUAUUCUAACAAGCCUGGGGCAACAGGACACUAAGCAGGAGUGGUGCCUUCUCUCCUGUUGCUGCAAGUUUGCCUAUUCUCCUUAUCCACUGGCUGUGAAGCUGAACUGGAAGGCCUUCUUUACAUUAUCUUCUUCAGGAUUAAGCAAAACUGCUAUACACAAAGGAACUAGCGUCAGCAAAAAGGACUGGCUGGCAAAAAUGAGAGAGAAGUAACUGUACAUCAUGCUUUUGUCUGCUUUCAGUGUCCAUGUGAAUUCACGUGACUCACUUUUAUCUGACUCUUUGCUUCAUGCGGCUUUUUGUUUUCAUUAAAGUUAACAAUCACUGGCAAAAGUGCUUUGUACCAGCCUCUGAGGCUUCUAGUGAGCUACAAAUUCCUAGCAGCACUGUUAACCACAGGGAAUCAGCAGCCAUGAGUCAUCCCCACACCCUCCUCCUCAGAUCCUGGGAUUCAGAAUGCCACAUUUGGAAUUCCCUUUAGUUACUCAAGUUUUCAGGCUUUGAGGGCUAGGAGACUCCCGACUGCCAGUAUUUUGUGGGAGGGAUUUUGAGUGCAAACUGGGAAAUUAUAGUUUCCACAAUUAAAGUGGAUUAAAGUGCUCUCACUCUAGUGUGGUAAAUCCAGUUAUAAUUUUGCAAUUAGGAAUGUGAUGAGGAAAUUAACUGAAAAGUGUGGAGUGAAUAAAUAAUUAACAGGAAGAUGUGUAAACACCCUGCAAGAAAAUCAGGAUGGAUGCUCAUUGUUUUAUAACCACCCGGCAAACAAAUCAGAACAAAUGCUCAAUAAAUAUUGGAUAUAAUUUAAUCCCCGUGUAAGCUUUGUACCAAGAGACCAGUGCUCAAAUCCCUGCUGAACUUAACAGGUGAACUUGGGCCAGUCACAACCUCUCUGUCUAACCUACCUCACAGGGUUGUUGUGAGGGUAAAAUUGGUGUGUGGGGUGUGUAAGAACCAUGUACGCCACCAGGAGCUCCUUGCAGGAAUGGUGGGAUGUAAGGAAAUAAAAAUUCCAAAAAAUAAAAUAAAUAAGUUAAGCUCUUGGUUAAGCUCUGGAAAAGCUCUUGGUACUACCAAAUCAAAGCUGUAGUUCUCAGAAUAGUGCAGUUACAAACGGCUCACGCUGCAUUAUUCUGUUGAUCCAGUUUCUGAUGCUUGUUCUGUUUGAAUUUUGUUACUUUCCUCCAAAGAGCCCCCCCCUCUAGUCCCCAGAAGAGAUGAUGCAAGUGGCUCAAGGCUUCCCAGCCUCUCUUCAUCUUUUGAUCACAAUCUUCCUUGAUUCUUAUUGCAGCACUUUCACAGCCCUGAAAAUGAGCAGAGCUCUGAGGGGGAAGCAAUUAAGUCAACGGCCGAGGAGGAGGAGGAGGAGGAGGUGGAGGAGGAGAACCCAGACAGGUAGGGAUGGGUUGAUGCAAGAGGCAAAGCUUGAUUCAAGUGUGCGGAAUACAGUGGUGCCUCGCAAGACGAAAUUAAUCCGUUCCACGAGAGUCUUCGUCUAGCGGUUUUUUCGUCUUGCGAAGCAAGCCCAUUGACGGAUUAGCGCUAUUAGCGCUAUUAGCGGUUUAGCGGCUAUUAAAGGCUUAAAGGCUUAGGGGAUUAGCUGCUAAAAGGCUAUUAAAGGCUAUUAAAGGCUUAGCAGAUUAGAUAAAGGGGGGGAAAAGCGCUAAAAAUAUCUCAAGACUCGCAAGAUAUUUUCGUCUUGCGAAGCAAGCCCAUAGGGGAAUUCGUCCUGCGAAGCAACUUCAAAACGGAAAACCCUUUCGUCUAGCGGUUUUUCCGUCUUGCGAGGCAUUCGUCUUGCGGGGCACCACUGUAGUCUUGCUUGGUCCUUGGCAUGUCCAGUGUGGUAAUCUUAUAAUUUCCUUCCCACAGACAACCCCACAGUCUCCAGGAAGACUCUGCUGACAAUUACUUUCUCCUGCAUGCAGCAUCUCCCAGCUUCUCCCAGCAGAGCAUGGCAGGGACAACCAGAAUCGAGUAUGAUGUAUUAUUAUUAUUUAUUAAUUUUGUGUAACACAUUUCAUCUGAAGAUCACAGGGCGGUUCACAACAUGAAAAUGCAAAAUGUGAACACAAAAUAUGUAAUAAAACAAGUAUAGUGGACGCUCGGGUUGCGAACGUGAUCCGUGCGGGAUGCAUGUUUGCAACCCACAGCAUUCGCAACCUGCAGUGGUGACUCUGCGCAUGUGCGGGUUGCGAUUUGGCGCUUCUGCUCAUGCACAACGUGCAAUUUAGCUCUUCUGCGCAUGCGCGACCCCCAAAACCUGGAAGUAGCCCGUUCUGGUACUUCUGGGUUUCGGCGGGUCCGUAACCCGAAAAAAUGCAACCUGAAGCGUCUAUAACCCAAGGUAUGACUGUACAAAACAAAACCAAUAACCCCCACUCCAACAAACACAUUUAAAAGGCAAUAGGAUGCCUGGUUGUAGACAAAUGUUUUCACCUAAUGCCUAAAGAUAUGUAAUGAAGGCACUAGGCAAGCCUCUCUGGGGAGUGCAUUCUACAAACAGGGAGCCACUGCAGAAAAGGCCCAUUCUUGUGUUGCUGCCCUCUGGGCUUCUCGUGGAGGAGGCGUAUGAAAAAGGGCCUCACAUGUUGUAGACAAAAGCCACUACACAGAAGGGAAAGCAGUGUGAUCUCUGCCUCCUGGAGGGAGAAUCUGGCCUCUUUAAAUGAGAGCAGACAUCUGAGUGAUGAAGACAUCAAACUAUGAACUGAGACCCAGGGUUUGUUUCCCAGAUAAUAUGUUUUGGCUAUGCACUGUGCAGCAGGCAUUUUGCUGCAAGUGGAUUGCUGGUUUCUGCAGCAAACAGGCCCAUGUUUUAAAAUACACACACCUGGGAGCUCCCAGCACAUGUACACAGGUGCUGUGAGGCUGCCACUUGUCAGUCACACUCCACUUUAUUUGAUGAGAGAAACACCGGUAUGCCUGGGUAUUGCCAUGUAAAGUGAAGCUGUUCUUUAUGCCAGGGGAUGUGCCAAUUAGUCUAUCUCUGUAUCAGGGCCCAUCUCCAAAAUGGCUCUCGGUCUUCUUUAAUCACCUCCUUGGGAGGACAAAUAUAUUUUAGGCUGAGUCAAUCUGCUGUUGCAAAGAUGGGAGCCCAAAGAAGCUCCUUGAGUGAUAGAUAGACUCCAUUUCUCUGAAGUUUCAUCCAGCAUUACAGUGGUGCCCCGCAAGACGAAUGCCUCGCAAGACGGAAAACUCGCUAGACGAAAGAGUUUUCCGUUUUGGAGGUGCCUCGCAAAACGAAUCUGCUAUGGGCUUGCUUCGCAAGACGAAAAUGUCUUGCGAGUUCCUGGGGUUUUUUUUUCCUUUCCCCCCUCUUUUUCUAAGUCGCUAAGCCGCUUAUCUGCUUAUCCGAUAAGCUGAUAAGCUGCUAAAAGCCGCUAAAAGCCGCUAAAAGCCGCUAAUAGCGCUAAUCCGCUAAUCCCAUCAAUGGGCUUGCUUCGCAAGACGAAAAAACCGCUAGACGAAGAGACUCCCAGAACGGAUUCUUUUCGUCUUGCGAGGCACCACUGUACUAGAAAUGUACUCCAUUGCUAGCUGAGCUGGGAGCCUCUUUUUCUGGGGUUAGUUGACCACUGCAGGAUGCACACUGUCUUUCUUCUCAGGAGGGAGUCAGAACUUCGGUGCAGAAGCAACAUCAGUAAGACUGUAGAGGAAGAACUCAAAGAGGAAUCAGGCAUUGAGGAACUAGAUGAAGAAUGUGAGGAACUGAGGGGAGAGACGCUUCUGUAAGUGAACAAUGCUUUCUAUGCUUGCCAUCCAUAGGAUUGUUCUAGCCCUUCUCCACAUGGGAAGUUUUCUUUGCAGUCUGAACAGAACUUUCUGUAAUCCACAGUUUUGGUUGCCAUAUCUCAAAAAAGAAAAAGGAUAUUGUAGAGCUAGGAAAUGUGUUCUAUUGAAUUUGGGGUGUUCUGUUGAAACAGUUUGGCCAGAGAUUUGGAGCGAGACAAAGGGACAUACUCUUCCUCACAUCACAAAAUUAGUUUAUGGAAUUUUUGCCACUGGAUGUGGUCAUGGCCCCUCUCUUAGGUGGGUUUAAAAGGGGGGGUGAGACAAAUUCAUGGGUGAGAAAGUCUAUGAGUGGCUACUAGUCAUGAGGAGAAGAUUCAGAAGCAGCAUUGCCACCAAAUGCCAGCUGCUGGGAGUAAUCUCAGGAAUGGGCUUCUGUCUUCAUGUGCUGCUUGUGGACUUCACUGAGGUAUUUGGGUUGGCUACUGUGGGGAAACAGGAUUCUAGUUUGGGUGGAUCUAGCAGGCCUGUUCUGCUGUAUUUUCAUUUCUGGGAAUUCAGCAUUCUGUGAGGAACUAUUUUUGUAAAAGAAAUGUAAAAUGUUUAGCCUUUAUGACCAUGGAAUUGAUAAACGACAUGAAAUAAUACAAAAAUGUGUGUAAAUGUGCACAUUCAGUAUAGAUUGCAGAAUUCAGCUGUUUCAGGAGGGAUGUAUAAAUUUGUGUUUAUACAUUUUACAUAAUUUAGUGUUUCCUUAGUGUUGUUAAAAGUACUCUCAUUCUUAUGGAGGCUACAAAUGAUGGAAGCCGGAGCUUACUGGGCCUAGCUUAUGGCAGGGCAUCAGACUGAUAGUUGACUGACUGCACCAGGUGAUUAUUUUCUCUCUUUUUUUUCCUGGCAGGUGCAAAGGAUCUAAAAUGGAGCUUUGCAGAGCCUGGUUCUCCAUGCCCACCUACUAUUGGGUUUUGUUGUGGCUGUUUUUUCUGGGGGUCGCUUGCCUCAUUCUGAUCAGGAUCCUGGAGCUGCAGAAACAAUACCCAUUUACAACCUCUGAUUCUUAA